AUGGUGGACAGCGUGUACCGGACCCGCUCCCUGGGGGUGGCGGCUGAAGGGCUCCCGGACCAGUACGCGGACGGAGAGGCGGCGCGCGUGUGGCAGCUCUACAUCGGGGACACCCGCAGCCGCACUGCGGAGUACAAGGCCUGGCUGCUCGAGCUACUGCGCCAGCACGGCUGCCAGCGGGUGCUCGACGUGGCCUGCGGCACCGGGGUGGACUCCAUCAUGCUGGUGGAAGAGGGCUUCAACGUGACAAGCGUGGAUGCCAGUGACAAGAUGCUGAAGUAUGCUCUCAAGGAGCGCUGGAACCGGAGGCAUGAUCCUGCCUUUGACAAGUGGGUCAUUGAAGAAGCUAACUGGAUGACUCUGGACAAAGAUGUGCCCCAGCCACCAGGGGGUGGCUUUGAUGCUGUCAUCUGCCUUGGAAACAGUUUUGCCCACCUGCCAGACUGCAAAGGGGACCAGAGUGAGCACCGGCUGGCCCUGAGGAACAUCGCAAGCAUGGUGCGGUCAGGGGGCGUGCUGGUCAUUGAUCACCGCAACUACGACCACAUCCUCAGCACAGGGUGCGCACCCCCAGGAAAAAACAUCUACUAUAAGAGUGACUUGACCAAGGACAUCACGACGUCAGUGCUGACCGUGAACAACAAGGCCCACAUGGUGACCCUGGAUUACACGGUGCAGGUGCCGGGGGCUGGCCAGAACGGUUCUCCUGGCUUGAGUAAGUUCCGGCUCUCCUACUACCCUCACUGCCUGGCAUCCUUUACGGAGUUGCUUCAAACAGCCUUCGGGGGCAAGUGCCAGCACAGCGUCCUGGGCGACUUCAAACCUUACAAGCCAGGCCAGGCUUACAUUCCCUGCUAUUUCAUCCACGUGCUCAAGAAGAUGGCCUGA